AUGAAGCCUUCUCAACUCAGCCUGCUGGUCCUUUUCUUCCAGGUCUCUUCCAUUCAGGCCAAGAUGUUCAAGAAGAAUGUCCCGACAUUCGAAGUUGGCCCCGAUGUGGUCAUCACCGACAACAAGAUCGAGUACGAUGACCCCGACUGCGAGCCCGGGUUUACCUGCAGAACAAGCAAGACCUGUGCCGCACCGGGUGCCGUUCCCACUCUCACCAGCGACAAGAAAUAUUUUGCCUGCUGCUUGAAGGGACUGAACCUUCUGGGUAGCCCCGAGACAGCAUUCGACUGCUGUGCCGAAGGCCACGACCUUGCUGGCUCCGGCGAAGUCGGCUAUAGGUGCUGCCCAACUGGGCAGAUCUAUGACGGCUUGAUCUGCAAACCGGUAUGCGAGAACGGCAAAGUCCUUGUCGACGGCAAGUGUGUCUGUCCAAAAGACACGAUCGAAGGCCCGGACGGGGCCUGCCAUAAGCAAGUCUGCACCUCCGGAUUAACAUCUGGAAAAUGCUACACCUUCACCGCGCCCAACGGCAACACCCUAGGCUCCGGCGCCGACGGAAUCUACUACGCCAAACCCGACGACAUGAACUUCCACUACGGUAAAUUCCAGCUCUGUCUCGACGAGAAGUGUGAAGGCGACCUGCCCGUCAACCCCCAGGACGGAGUGUACAUCCGAGACCUAUACGGCGACGUCAAAACCGGCGCCAACAAGGGCCAAUGGCUCAACAACGCAAAGGACGGCGCCCACAUCGGCAAGACCAAGGACUUCGCCUCAGCCGGCAAAUUCUCUUUGAGCAAGUGGCCAUGCGGAAAGUACUGUCUCGGAGGCGUCGAGUGGGGUGUCGGUCCCGCUUGUCCUUCUCUGACGCCUGCCAUUACUUUCUUUUCGCAAGAUCCGCAGAUGUGCACGGCCUUCGAUCUCACGGAGAUUCCGUGCGAUAUUAAGGCACCUGCCAAUAACUGUAUCUGGAAGAGUGGAAGGAACCAGUGCUGUGGUAAGGUUGAUUGUAGCCUGUGA